GAUCUUUUUCGCCCACGCGUAGCAUCGCGCUAAUGAAAAUCAGUAGAUCUGGUUGACGAGAAUUGAAUUCCCGGUACCUGAUUUGGAACGAGUAGUUGCCGUAAAGUCUACACACUGUACGCUGACCACUAAAUGCGUCGUGUCCUCUGCGCCGAGUGACAGAUCCAAAUCGAGUAUUUUUCGAUAGCACGAAUCGACGGGCACCACAGUAGCACACCCACACCAUACCGCAGCACAGUAGUGGCAUUCAUCAGCCGUCAUCGGCCCAUCCGCCUUUGCCGAUCGAUGCCGGACACGGCCGUGCAACCACUAGUCUGGUACCAGUACCAAAUAAAAAUAACCCUCCGCUCGCCCUCGUUUGCAUCUACUACUCCAACAACGCACCACUAAACAAAGAAAGGCGAGCGCUCAGAGCUCGGACAGAAGCCGGCCAUCGGCAUGGUGCAUCCGGUGGCGGAGGCCGACGAGCGGAGCCCCUUCGGCGGGCUGACCGCCGAGGAGUACUACGCGCGGCACGGCGUCACGCACACCUCCUCCACCUUCGUCAACCCGCGCGGGCUCCGCAUCUUCACGCAGCGCUGGGUGCCGAGCGGCGACGCCCCCGUGCUCGGCGCCAUCGCCGUCGUCCACGGCUUCACCGGCGAGUCGAGCUGGAUGGUGCUCCUCACGGCCGUCCACUUCGCCAAGCAGGGCUUCGCGGUGGCCGCCGUGGACCACCAGGGCCACGGCUUCUCCGAGGGCCUCCAGGCCCACAUCCCGGACAUCGGCCCCGUGCUGGACGACUGCGAGGCCGCCUUCGCCCCCUUCCGCGCCGACCACCCGCCCCCGCUCCCCUGCUUCCUCUACGGCGAGUCCCUCGGCGGCGCCAUCGCGCUGCUGCUGCACCUGAGGGACAAGGCCCGGUGGCGCGACGGCGCGGUGCUCAACGGCGCCAUGUGCGGGGUGAGCCCCCGGUUCAAGCCGCCGUGGCCGCUGGAGCACCUGCUGUGGGCGGCGGCCGCCGUGGCGCCGACAUGGCACGUCGCCUUCACCAGGGGGAACAUCCCCGGCCGGUCCUUCAAGGUGGGGUGGAAGCGCGCGCUGGCGCUGGCCAGCCCGCGCCGCACCACGGCGCCGCCCCGCGCCGCCACCGCGCUCGAGCUCCUCCGGGUGUGCCGGGAGCUGCAGGCGCGGUUCGAGGAGGUGGAGCUGCCGCUGCUGGCGGUGCACGGCGGGGAGGACACGGUGUGCGACCCGGCGUGCGUCGAGGAGAUGCACCGCCGCGCGGGGAGCCGGGACAAGACGCUGCGCGUGUACCCAGGGAUGUGGCACCAGAUCGUCGGCGAGCCGGAGGAGAACGUCGAGGAGGUCUUCGCCGACGUCGUCGGCUGGCUCAAGGCCCGCGCGGCCAAAGCCGCCGCCGGCGCCGGCGGUACGCAGCAGCAGCAGCAGCAGCACGAGUAGUUGGUUGGUUCACGCGCUGCGCGCUGGCCGUGCGUGUCGGGUACCGGUGGGAAGGCGCGUGUUGUUCGGGGAGUUGGAUCGGUCGAUCAUGGGUAGGGUGUGUGUGGUCCGUGGCAGAUUCAAGUACGGGCGCAAUAAAAGAGUACGUAUAUUGAUGAUGAAAUGUGUGAUCUGGUCCUGGCGUGGUGUAUCAUGGGUAGUGGAGUAUUUGCAAGUGGUCAUGGCUUCUCAUCAAUGUAAAUGUCGUGCUCAUCGUCUA